AUCUGUCCAGUCACAUUAACAGUCAGUAAUCAGAGAGCAGAAGCAGUAAUGGCUGAAGGUAAUGGAUCUUUAGUCGGUCUGCUGUCCUAUGAGACUCUGGUCCACGCUGUAGCAGGAGCCGUGGGCAGCGUGACAGCAAUGACCGUAUUCUUUCCUUUGGAUACAGCUAGAAUUCGACUUCAGGUGGAUGAAAACCGAAAAUCCAAAUCCACUCCUGUCAUUCUGGCCGAGAUAGCAAAGGAGGAGGGAAUCAUGUCUCUCUAUCGGGGCUGGUUUCCAGUAAUCUCUAGCUUGUGCUGUUCUAACUUCGUCUACUUCUACACCUUUAACUCUUUAAAGCGAGUGAUGGUUUUAGAGAAAGGGCAAUCCAAGCCUGGCAGAGAUCUUGUCAUGGGCUUUAUCGCAGGGGCUGUAAACGUGCUUUUGACGACACCCAUGUGGGUGGUAAACACUCGCCUUAAGCUGCAGGGAGCCAAGUUCCGGAAUGAGAACAUCCACCAGACCCACUACAAGGGCAUUUUCGACACAUUUUCACAGAUCGUAGCUAAUGAAGGAAUUGGGGCGCUGUGGAAUGGGACCCUUCCAUCCCUGCUGCUGGUGUUUAACCCUGCAGUACAGUUCAUGUUCUACGAGGCGAUGAAGAGGAAAGCAGGGCGAGGUGGAAGAAAGAUUUCAUCACUGGAGAUUUUCCUUAUUGGUGCUAUCGCUAAAGCUGUUGCUACAACCGCCACUUAUCCUCUGCAGACAGUCCAGUCCAUCCUGCGGUUUGGCCAGUACAAGUCACAAGAGAGAGGAGGUUUACUGGGCAGCGUACGCAAUGUGGUGAAUUUACUAAUGGACAGAAUCAAAUGGAACGGAGCGCUUGGUCUGUACAAAGGUCUGGAGGCCAAACUUCUGCAGACGGUGCUGACAGCAGCGCUCAUGUUCAUGGUGUACGAGAAGAUCGCUGCAGUCACCUUCAGACUGAUGCGCCUCAAUAAGAAGCUAAAGCACUGACACUGUAAAGCCGUAGCAGAUCUUUUUCUUUACUACCUCCUUGACCUGUCCCGAUACAUACCGGAUUUUUUUAGCACACACAAUUUUACAGUCAUGGUCUCAUUUGUUUAUUUUGUAUAUUUUUUAUCCAUUUAUUCCAAUUAUUUUAUUACUGGGUCUGCAGCUUUGUAAUGCAUAUCGCUACCAAUAAGUGGUACAUGACCGAUGGUGAUGCAGCCGGUCCUGUAACAAGUUCGGACUCUAAAGGCUCUCCAUUAAAAAUAUAAUCAGAAAAGCAUCAGUUCUGGAGACCAGGGUUCUGUAAGGAUAAUUACUAUGGGUCCGUUCGAAAACCUAGUGAACUGCCUUGCUGUCUUACUGCCUACAUAGGCAGCUGCCCAAACAGAGAGGAUUCUAAUAAGUCAUCGAUUUAUAAGGCAGGUUAUUCGAACGCACUACUUAGACAGCGAUUCCAUCAGUUUUCGCUUACUAAGCUAAUACAGUUAGCAUCAUGCCAUUCAAACCAAUGGGAUGAGGUGGCACAACAGGCUAGCAUGUCAACUAACAUCUUCAUUCGUGUCCUGAAUACUGUUAAACUGAUCAGCCAUAACAUUAAAACCACCUCCUUGUUUCUACA